AUGCCUUCCCUCAGCUUCGUUGCACCCCUUCUCCUCGCCGCUAUGACGGCUAUCUCAGGUGUUUACGCCGAGACCCACACCAUCACCUUCGACAACAGGUGUGGCAAGGGAACCCCCAAGCUCAAGCAGAACUUCCAGACGCUCUCCACCGGCGGCGCGUACACCCACAACGGUCCGUUUACCGCGGCUAUCGCAUACCUCGACACUGGCAACUGCGGUGACAGCGGCGAGAACUGUGUCAUUGUCGAGACGUCACUCAUCAACGGCGGGAUCUCCAGCACGGACCUCUCGCUCAUUCCCCCGCACGCUUUCCAGGCUACUACCGGCUUCGGCUACUACCACGGCUGUGACGGUGCUGGUGCCGACUGCACGAACGGAAACUGCAACACUGCGUUCCACAAGACCGACGACUACCAGGUCCAGGUCCAGUGCACGGCCAGCGAUGUCAACCUCGCCAUCACCUUCUGCGCCUAA